ACUUCUCUAGACACCUCCCCCUACGCUCCUGUGGAGAGGGGCUGCCUGACCCCAAAAAGCUUUGUGAAAGUUCUUCACUGGAGGGAAAGAGAGACGGAGUGUGACAAGAGAGACAGGCAGGCUCCACCAGAGAGAAGUUGGGGAGUGAAACAGAGAGAGAGAGAAGGAGAGAACAAGAGAGGAACCGUGAUUAAGGGAGGAUACAUGAAAGAGACAUAAAGGGAGAGAAAAAGUGAAUCGAGGUAGAAUAAUAGACCAGGGAGAGUGAGAGGAGAGAUAGAUCGAGAGGCAGUGAGAAAAAGCAGAGGGGAUCAAGUGAGAGUGAAAGAGCAGCACACCAAGUGAGCGAUAGAGAGAGAGAGAGGAAGAGACACAGAGGGAGAGAGAGAGACGGAGAAAGAGAAGGAGGAGAGCCUGCUGCAAUUUGUCUCCCAGCUCUUCCGAGGCUGGUCAUGGAUUUGCUGUCGAGGAGCUCUCCGGUGUGGGCUAGUCAGGGAGUGUGUUCCUGCUGGCAGUAGCUAAAGCAGCUGCAGACCCUGCAGGAGAUCAAGAUGCCCUCCGUGUCCCUCAGCCUACCUGCCGCCCUGGCCGGCCGAGCACGUACCUGGGUCUGCCUCUCCUGCAUGCUCUGGCCUGAGGAGUUUGAUGCCGUCCACUCCCACACCUUCAGGGUGAAGACCUUCAAGAAGGGGAAGCACUGUGGAGCCUGCAAGCAGACUGUCAGCCAGGAGGGGCUCAUCUGCAGAGUGUGCCGGAUCGCCUGCCACAAGAAAUGUGAGGUUAAGGUAUCCACAUCCUGUGUUCCUGCAACCAACUAUGAGCUGGCACCGGGACACGACAUCCCUCUGAAGCAUGUAGAGAACACGGGCUCGACAAAGUCCUCCAAAAGCAUGGAGUCUCGACGCAGACCGUCAAGGUCUCUGAGUAUCCUGCAGGCCCUGGAGGAGAGCUACGAGGUGGACCUGGUGUAUAUCACAGAGAGGAUCAUCUCCGUCUCCUUCCCCUCGUCCGUGGAGGAGCAGAGCUACGCUGCCAACCUGCGGGAGGUGGCCUCCAUGCUGGGCUCCAAACACGGAGACAACUACCUGGUCUUCAAUCUCAGUGAGAAGCGAUCUGACAUCAGCCAGCUGAACCCAAAAGUGCUGGACUUCGGCUGGCCGGACCACCAUGCUCCUGCCCUGGAUAAGAUCUGCAGCAUCUGUAAGGCCAUGGACACCUGGCUGAGUGCAGACAGCCACAACGUGGUGGUCAUACACAACAAGGGCAACCGAGGUAGAACUGGAGUGGUGGUGGCCGCGUACAUGCACUACAGCAACAUAUCAGCCAGUGCUGACCAGGCCCUGGACAGGUUUGCUAUGAAGAGGUUUUAUGAAGACAAAGUGCUUCCUGUGGGUCAGCCUUCACAGAAAAGGUAUGUGCAGUACUUCAGCGGGUUGCUGUCCGGACACAUCAAGAUCAACAACAAGCCCUUGUUCCUGCAUCAUGUCAUCAUGCAUGGCAUCCCCAACUUUGAGUCUAAAGGAGGCUGUAACCCCUUUCUCAAGAUCUACCAGGCUAUGCAGCCUGUCUACACAUCUGGAAUCUACAACGUGCAGGGAGACAGUCAGACCAGCAUCUGCAUCACCAUCGAGCCAGGGCUCAUGCUGAAGGGAGACAUCCUGCUGAAGUGCUAUCACAAGCGCUUCAGAAGCCCCUCCAGAGACGUGGUGUUCAGGGUGCAGUUCCACACCUGUGCCGUCCACGACCUGGCCGUCGUGUUCGGGAAAGAUGAGCUAGACCAGACCUUCAAGGAUGAACGGUUCCCAGAAUAUGGAAAAGUGGAGUUUGUGUUUUCCUUCGGGCCGGAGAAAAUACACGGUAAGCUUCCAGGGAUGAAUCACCUGGAGAACGGCCCCAGCGUCUCUGUAGACUACAACACCCAGGAUCCUCUGAUUCGCUGGGACUCCUACGACAACAUCAACCAGACCUGUGAGGACCCUUUGGAUGACGUUAUCCACACCCAGGGCCCUCUGGACGGAAGUCUGUAUGCUAAGGUCCGUAAGAAGGAGUCCAUCGACGGGGGGGUCAUCUCCAACGGCCUCCCUCCCGUGGCCCCAGAAGGCCCCCAGCCCCUGGUCGACCAGGCCCUGUCUGUCAGCAGCGACUCUGGGAACUCCACCGCCUCCAUCAAGACCGAUCGCACCGAUGAGCCCUCCGCCGGCCCGGCCUCACUGAGUCAGCCUCCUCCUCCGUCCUUGGCCCCAGCCCCGGCCCCGGCCUCGCCCAUCAGCCCCCAGGAGAAGCAGCAGCUGGAGCAGCUACUGAGCGGUCUGGAGGCGCCCGCGCUGCGGCAGGGCUUCCUGUCACCUCCUGCAGGGGCGGGAGGGGGAGGGGGGAUGAUGCACCUGGUCCCAGCGCAGGUCCACGUUAACGGGAGCAGCGGGAUGGACCGUGAGACGGACAUCCUGGAUGACGACCUCCCCUCCGGCAGCCUGGGCACGCCCUCAUCCCUGGAGGGGCGAGCCACGCCCGCCGACCUGUAUGACCACCCUGAGACCCACAUCAACGGGCGGGAGGGCGUGACCUACCUGGAGAGUACCCUCCCUGACCCCGCCUCCAAGGCUGCGGUCGCCCCGCAGCAGAGUCUGCCCCCGGGGCCAGGGCCAGGGUCCGCGGGCAGCUUGGGCCCUGGCUCUGGGUACGCGCUGGGCCACAACGGGAGCCUGUAUCGCUCGCAGUCCUUCGGCGGGGAGCAGCAGCAGAUGCCCAGAGCUCCGGCUCGUACCAGCAGCAGCCGUGAUGCCGUGCAGCGAGGGAUGAACGUGUGGCAACACUACGGCGUCCCCGCAGAGCCACUCACAGACAUCACCUUCAGCCCCCCGCCCGGCUCCUCCAUGCACAGCUACCACAGUCUGCCCCAGUUCCCCUCCCCCGCCGCCUCCCAGCAGGACAUCCAGCAGUCCCUGGAAGCACUCAACCUGCUCAUGCAGGACCUGGAGCCUGGCCACCCGCCAUCGCGCACGGCCCCAAGCGCCUCCCUAGGAGAGGGCCUGGUGGUCACCACCCAGCCCUCCCUCUCCCAGGCUCGCCCCUCCUACCCCGCCCACGCACACAGCCCCGCCCACAGCCCCACCCACAGCCCCGCCCCUGCACACAGCCCCGCCCACAGCCCCGCCCACAGCCCCGCCCAGCGAUCCUCGCCCGUCCAGCCGUUCGUCUCCCCGGCGCAGCUCGGCACGCCUGAACCCGCCCCCAUCCAGGGCCCUCCCGCCCCCUGCCAGCCCAGCCUCCCAGCGGAGCCUGUCCACCAGGGGGCCCGAACCAGCCCCAGCCAGCCCUGCCCUGCCUCAGGGGGGCAGCUGCAGCUGAAGCCCAUCAACAGCUACCCUCCCAGCAGCAGCUACCCUCCCAGCAGCAGCUACCCUCCCAGCAGCAGCUACCCUCCAGCAGAGCUGGAGGAACCCUGCAGCAGCCCCAGGGCUACCUCCCCCCCGCCCCAGGAGCCAGGCCAGGAGGAAGGCUUCAGCGUGGAGGGCCUGGUGGCCCAGCGCGUGGCAGGUGUCCAGUCCCGAGGGAUGGCCCUAAACGAGUCCUUCGCCCCGCCCCGCCGCCGCGCCCCCAGCGAGGGGAACCCGGACGGCCCUGAAUCCCAGGACGGCCCGCUGCGAUCCCCAGUGCGCUGCGUUUCUCCGGAGUUCGUCAACGCCAUCGCGCUGAACCCUGGAGGGCGACCCAAGGAGAGACACAUGCACAGCUACAGAGAAGCCUUCGAGGAGCUGGAGGGGGCUCCAGUCAGCCCCACGCCCUUCGCUGGUGGUGAGGUGUUCCCCCAAACCCCUGCAUUCCCCGUCUCGCCUCAAACCCCUUACUUCAACCUGUGUCGCUCUCCUCCAGGCCUGGCCAGGACGCCGCUGUCUGCCCUGGGCCUCAAGCCCCACAACCCUGCUGACAUCCUGCUGCAGCAGACCGGCUCAGAGCCGAGGAGCUACGUAGAGUCCGUGGCCAGAUCAGCUGCGGCAGGCGGCGUGGCGCCGGCGUCGCCCCUAGGCCUCGGCCAAUCAGGAGACGCUCCAGCUUGCCAGCGCGCCCCCUCCCCCAGCGCCCCCCUUUCCAGCAGUAGCCCCCUCCAGUCCACAGAUGGAGACCACACCUUUGCCAACAGUAGCGUGAGCCCCCAGCCGUCAGAGAUGCCCUACAGCACCCCCAGCCCCCCCUACCCCGGCCCCUCCCACCCCGGCCCCUCCCACCCCGGCCCCUCCUACCCCGACCCCUCCCACCCCGACCCCUCCCACCCAGGCCCCUCCUACAUCAGCCCCUCCCACCCCGACCCCUCCCACCCAGGCCCCUCCUACACCAGCCCAUCCUACCUGGGCCCCAGCAGCCUCCUGGGUGGCUACAUCUCCCCGGACCGCAGCCCCCCUCGCUCGGAGCCCACCAGGGUCCCCAUGGCGACGGGGUCCCCCUCACAUGGAAGCCCUCAAACGCUCCAUCGGAGCCCGGCCCCCUGCUCCUCCUACAGCCCCUCCCUCCAGAACAGGGCCACCCAUCAGGGCAGCCCCGUCACGGCCCGCCAGCCAUCCCCAGCCAACGGCUUCGAAGCAGGGAUCGCCAGUAGUCCAGUCCUGGGCCGCCACCCCCUGACCAUGUCCCAGGGGACCCAGAGCAGCCCCCUGCUGAGUAGAAGACCAUCCCUGGGGCAGGUGUCCCAGCACAGCCCUGCCCUCAGCCGCCAGGCCUCCCUGACCCAGCCCCUCCAGAGCAGCCCAGCCCUCAGCCGCCAGCCGUCGGUGUCCCAGGUGUCCCAGCGGAGCCCCAGCCUGGACCGGCAUCCGCUCCACAGCGGCUACGCCACGCCGGACGAGAGGAACCUGUCCCGGCAGAGCAGCUCCUCAGGGUACCACGGCCCGGGCACGCCCUCCUUCCCCCUCUCCCCCGCAGGGUACUUGGACGGGGGGGCCGCCAUGAUGGGGGCCUGGCAGGGAGGUCCGAGCCCCCAGCCUCACGGCCAGCCUCACGGCCAGCCUCACGGCCAGCCACAGCUGCCAGAGAAGACGCGCAUGUCGAGCGGGGACAGACCUAACGGGGGCGUCUCGUACGGGACCCUGAACGGGAAGCUGUCGUCUCCCGUGUCAAGCGGGGGUAGCCCCCCCAGCCACUUCCACACCCUCCCAGACUUCUCCAAGUUCAACAUGGCGGAUGGGAGCCCAGAAACCAGGCUGAAUGUCAAGUUUGUCCAGGACACGUCAAAGUUUUGGUACAAACCAGACAUCUCCAGGGAACAAGCCAUUACCCUGCUGAAGGAGAGGCAGCCUGGGGCGUUCGUCAUCCGGGACAGUCACUCCUUCAGGGGGGCCUACGGCCUGGCCAUGAAGGUGGCCUCGCCACCCCCCACCGUCACACACAGCAAGAAAGCUGGUGACAUCACUAACGAGCUAGUGAGACACUUCCUGAUUGAGACCAGUCCCAAGGGGGUCAAGCUGAAGGGCUGUCCUAACGAACCCUACUUUGGAUGCCUCUCUGCGUUAGUAUACCAGCACUCCAUCACCCCUCUGGCUCUGCCCUGCAAGCUGGCCAUCCCCACCAGAGAUCUGCACGAAGAGAUGCCAGAGAUCUCCACGCCCACAAACGCAGCUUCUGAGCUUCUCAAGCAGGGAGCAGGCCAGAGGCCCCCUGCUGACUCCAGUGCAUGCAACGUGCUGUACAUCAACUCUGUGGAGAUGGAGUCUCUGACCGGGCCCCAGGCCGUGGCUAAAGCCGUCUCCGAGACGCUGGCGGCCUCGUCACCGCCCACCGCCACCAUCGUCCACUUCAAGGUGUCCGGACAGGGCAUCACCCUCACUGACAACCAGAGAAAGCUAUUCUUCCGGCGCCACUAUCCUAUCAAUACUGUCACGUUCUGUGAUAUUGACCCUCAGGAGAGAAAUUGGACUAAACCAGGAGGAGGUUCUGCUAGGUUCUUUGGUUUUGUGGCUCGAAAGCAAGGAAGCACAACCGACAACGUCAGUCACCUCUUCGCUGAGAUGGACGCCGACCAGCCUGCAAGCGCCAUCGUCAACUUCGUCUCCAAAGUCAUGCUGGGCUCCCAGAAACGAUGAGACCUGCUGGGUCUCCUGGGUUAGGGUCAGCCCUGCUGGGUCUCCUGGGUUAGGGUCAGACCUGCUGGGUCUCUUGGCGUCUGAUCUGUUUGGGUUGUUUUCUAUUAACCACCCUCAUGUAAUCUGUCAAUUCUGUUCUUCGCGUUUUGGUGUCACUACCUUUUUUCCGCUCUCUUCUGUGUGAGUGUGGGUGCAUGACUUUGUGUUAGAGAAAGUGUGUGUGUGCUUUUCUUCUUGGAAGGACUCCAGAGUGGAUCUGACGUGGGCGACAGAGGAAGUGCAGUGUGGGCUAUGGCUGUGUGUGGUGUGUGUUGGGACGGGAGGCCAUUUUGAUCUCUCUUGCAGGGUUACACAAGAGCAGGAAGAGGAAAUGAGGUCAGUGAGUGUGAAGUAUUUUUAUUUUGGGGAGAAAAAAAAAGUUAAGUUGUUCCGUGUACAAGGGGAUUGUAAAUCUAUCAGGCUUCUGAAUGGGUCAACCAAAGAUUUAAAAAGUGGACUGGGCAAAUAUGCCACACUCUAGAGGGUUUGUUUUGAAACUAUUUUUUGUAAAAUAUGGCUGCUUAAUCAAACUCUACUUUUUCUUUCAAUAUACGAGUACUGAUACUGUAUGUAUUUUAAUCCUUAUGUCUGCAUCUUUGCCCUUUUGCAAAGCAUAUUCAAGGACAUUUUGCAUGCUGGCAAGGUGACAGUGUAAAUAUUACAGAUUGCUUUCUCGAUGGAUGACUUGGGGCCCGAACCAUAUGUUUUAUAAAGAGCUUUUAAAGAAAAAAGUAUACCUGCUCUCAACGACGUACAAAACGAAAAGACCGAAUUUGUAAAGGCAAAUACACUGUGUUCAAAAUACCCCACGGUUUUCCAGUGGUAGGUUUGCUGUCAGAGGAUGGGAUAACAGACUGGUCAGUUACACAAUGGCUCACCUAGACAGGGGCCUAACCCAAAGUGUUAUAGACAGAAUACUGUUAUGCUACUUGCAGACUGAUUUGUAUGAGAAAACCUGCAGCACAGAAAACACCUCUGAUCCAAUCCAAGGAAUUUGUGUAAAAAUAUACCACUCUUCACCUUAGGGUCAGUAUUGUAGCCUGCAGCCAUUGUACAAUACUGAGGUCUCGUAGCUAGCAGAACGUGUCAAGGGCUAAAUAGUUGGUGUGACAAUGACAGUUGUGAAGUUCCAACUGUCAUCGUUGGUCUUUAUAUGUCCCCUGGUGUAUGUGGCAUGACAGGAAUGAGAGAGGCUUGAAUCCCAGAAGGACGUGUUAGCCAGCCGACUCACACGGCAUACCUGAAAAGAAGCUAUAUACAUAUGAAUAUACAUAUAUAAAUAUAUAAACUUUCAAAACAUUGACUAAAAUAUUUAUUUUUUUGCUCAGUCACUUACGUUAUCUCAUAUAUCUGUACACGUGUAUUGUAGUCUUCAUCAAGAUUAACAAAAGAAAAAAAUAAAACUCUUUAUUUUCGCUACUUUGAAAAUCACAAGAUCUUUAAGACAGCAUUUGAAAUAUAUAUAAUGUAAAGUGUGUUUGUUUUAAAGCUUGUCACUGUUAUUUUUUUAUAUUGUUUUCCACUGCAUUUAUUUUGUUGUUUGAUUCAUUAUGUUGAAUGGUGAAAAGGAUCCCUUGCAAAACAAAAUGGUCAAUGACUUUGGCCAAAAUAUUACACCUCUACAAAGUUGCAAACAUACUUUUUGACAAAAGCCUGAUAAGAAACGGUCAGAGUUAAGCACUUAAUGUUGUAGUGUAAUGUGAAAUACCAACUCAGUUAUCCACACGCUGCAAAGCAGCAUUACUACUAAGUGUGAGCACUUGCUUUGUAUGUUCUCUGUAUAUUUGGUGGAAGGAAUAAAGUUUUCUUGUUUGAACAGGUUUAGCAAAGCACUCCAGACACUACCCUGUUUGAAUCCUGACAGAACCUAAACGUUGCCCUCUAGAGGUAUAAUUAUGAAUGAACAUUGGAAAAGUAUAUUACAGUUUGAUGCAGUGUUUUAACUGUCAUGACUGGCCAAAUUUGGAGUAGAAAACAUCUUAAUUGGAAAUGAUCAUUGCUAAAAUUGUUAGGGCUCAUUCUUAUAAAAUACCUUUUUAAAAGGUUUUUAGAUAUCAUUUUCGUUUAAAUUGAUACUGACUUGACAAAAGACUUCAGACGGUAAAUUCUACAACAAUGAGCAAAGAAAGCACUUAUAAAUAGGUCACAAUGUCUAACUAUAAUGUUACAAUAUUACUCACCAAGAAAAUGCAUGUGCUGUUAUGUUCUGUUUUCAAUCAUGUUUGGCAUCAAGUGAAUUACCUGUGUUCAAGCAGAGCAUUCCUCACAGCUCCAACCUUCUCAGCAGCCUGUAGUUACAUAAAAUAAUCAGAUUAAUCAUUUUGAUGAGUCUCUCGUGAGACCAUAUCUGCUUUGUUUUCAACAAACAUCAGUUGAAUCUUUCGUCUGGGCCGUGUCUUACUAAUGCUUGUUGAAUAAAAAAGCACCCUUAUCACCAAACAAAUGUAAGUCACAUUUGUGUGUGAAAGGAUUAUCUUUUGUUGUGUGUUCCACUUUUUCAAAACCGCCUUGACGUAGAAUGUGUGAAUGAGCUACUAUGCCUGUACAGAUCCCUGUAUUAUGAUUUGCUGUAUUGUAUGGCGAUUAUAGUUUCUGAGAAAGAAUAAAUAAAAAAAAACAUUAAAAAGCAAUACAAAUCA